CGAGUGUCGCAGCCAGCCCCACAGCAGCGCGUCGAGCGCAGCUUCAUGAUGAUGUACAGCUGAUACACCCCCAUAUUAUAACUCUGGAGCGCCUGGAGAAUUUGCUAAGGCGAGCUGGCGAGAUCUUUGCUCCCGCCAUUGCGGAGGACUCAAUGUCGGAAGGCAGCAGCCAUGUGGAGCAGCAAGCACAGCCGCAACAACUAUUAUUGCCGCCCACAGCGCAGCCGUACAACUUCUAUCUGCCCCUGUUCGACUAUGUGGAUCCGAAACUGGAUGCCAAGAGCAGGCUCCUGGAGAAGAUAGCACCUCCGCCUCAGCCGCUAAAGCAGGAGCACAACUACUACGCGGACAAGCCAAAAAAGAAGCCAAAGAAGUUCAAUGCAGCCUCCAAGCAUAUCAAUCUCAAUCUCAAGUGGUUGAACACAUAUGAGAAGGCCAUGGGAGGGGAGACGCCCAAGGCCCUCUACCUGGAGCAGGAUGAGCGCAAUCGCAUAAACUUUGACGAUUCCUUCUUUGCUGCGGACAUGCAGGUGAAGAUGCCGGAUAAUCAGCCACACCAAGAGGCUGGCCCCGCAGAGCUGCUGCAGCAUGGCGAAGAGCAGGCGGAGGAGGAUCUAAUGGCAGCUCCUGCGCAGAUAACUUACGACUACAAGUCAACUGGGCAGGAUCAGCAUCACUCAUAGAAAUGGUGUUUAUUUUUUUGUAUUUUAGUCACGAUAUAAAAAUGCAGUAAUAAAUGUACUCCAUGCGAGAAGUGUGGAUGGUUAGAGCGA